GCUCAGAGCGCUCCAGAGGCUAGAUCAGAAAAAGGGAGGGGAACAGUCGGUAGCCAGUAUACUUAGGACCAAAACAUAAAUAAUUCGUCUCUAAAGGCAACCGACAACAGAGGUCCCUGGAAUAUCGCCUUCGGAGACUUUCCGGUCACCGUUGGCGGCCUGACCCGAGUCGUGGUGACAAUUUAAAGGCUGUUCCUGCUCACAAAGCGGCGUGCCGAGGAAGGACGCGUCUCUUUGAAUAGACAGGAUGCACGGACCGCCCUCCGGCGACAGCGCAUGCCCAUUGCGCACGAUCAAGAGAGUUCAAUUCGGCAUCAUCAGCCCAGAUGAGCUUAAACGGAUGUCGGUCACUGAAGGGGGAAUCAAGUACCCCGAAACAACGGAAGGAGGACGUCCUAAACUUGGUGGCCUUAUGGACCCAAGACAAGGGGUCAUAGAACGAAGUGGAAGAUGUCAGACAUGUGCAGGUAACAUGACAGAAUGCCCAGGCCACUUUGGGCACAUCGAACUGGCAAAGCCAGUUUUCCAUGUCGGCUUCGUAACUAAGAUCAUGAAGGUUCUCCGAUGCGUCUGCUUCUUUUGCUCCAAGCUUUUAGUGGAUUCCAACAACCCCAAGAUCAAAGACAUCCUGACCAAGUCUAAAGGGCAGCCCAGAAAGCGCUUGACUCAUGUGUAUGAGCUGUGCAAAGGGAAAAACAUCUGUGAAGGAGGGGAGGAAAUGGACAACAAAUUUGGGAUGGAACAGCAGGAGACAGAGGAGGAUCUUACCAAGGAGAAGGGCCACGGUGGCUGUGGGCGCUACCAGCCACGCAUCAGGCGCUCUGGCUUGGAGCUGUACGCUGAGUGGAAGCACGUCAAUGAGGAUUCGCAGGAGAAGAAGAUCUUGCUGAGCCCCGAGCGAGUCCACGAGAUCUUCAAACGCAUUUCAGAUGAGGAAGACGUCAUCUUGGGCAUGGACCCCAAGUUUGCGCGGCCGGAGUGGAUGAUUGUGACUGUGUUGCCCGUGCCUCCCCUGGCUGUGAGGCCCGCUGUAGUCAUGCAGGGUUCUGCUCGCAACCAGGAUGAUCUGACCCACAAGCUGGCCGACAUUGUCAAAAUCAACAACCAGCUGAGACGAAACGAGCAGAGUGGGGCGGCUGCUCACGUCAUAGCUGAGGAUGUGAAGCUGCUUCAGUUUCAUGUAGCCACUAUGGUGGACAAUGAGUUGCCAGGCCUGCCCAGAGCCAUGCAAAAGUCUGGCCGCCCCCUCAAAUCCAUAAAACAGCGUUUAAAGGGAAAGGAGGGGCGAGUGCGAGGUAACCUGAUGGGUAAGCGUGUGGACUUCUCUGCCCGAACUGUCAUCACGCCAGACCCCAACCUGCAAAUCGACCAAGUGGGCGUACCACGAUCCAUCGCCGCCAACAUGACCUUCCCAGAAAUCGUCACACCCUUUAACAUCGACAGAUUGCAAGAGCUGGUGCGACGAGGCAACAGCCAGUACCCCGGAGCCAAGUACAUCAUCCGAGACAAUGGAGACAGGAUUGACCUGCGAUUUCACCCGAAACCAAGCGACCUUCAUCUGCAAAUCGGCUACAAGGUGGAAAGACACAUGUGUGAUGGUGACAUCAUCAUCUUCAACCGACAACCUACACUACAUAAAAUGUCUAUGAUGGGACACAGGGUUCGGAUCCUGCCCUGGUCCACAUUUCGACUUAACCUCAGUGUCACCACCCCAUACAAUGCUGACUUUGACGGGGAUGAGAUGAACCUCCACCUGCCUCAGUCCCUUGAGACAAGGGCGGAGAUCCAGGAGCUGGCCAUGGUGCCCCGUAUGAUUGUCACACCCCAGUCCAACAGACCCGUCAUGGGUAUCGUGCAGGACACCCUCACAGCUGUUCGCAAAUUCACCAAAAGAGACGUCUUCCUAGAGAGGGGUGAGGUGAUGAACCUCCUCAUGUUCCUCUCCACCUGGGACGGGAAAAUGCCUCAGCCAGCCAUCCUAAAACCCCGUCCUUUGUGGACAGGCAAGCAGAUCUUCAGCCUCAUCAUUCCAGGACACAUCAAUGUGAUCCGCACACACAGCACCCACCCUGACGAUGAGGACAGCGGCCCUUACAAACACAUUUCACCUGGUGACACCAAGGUCAUAGUGGAGAAUGGUGAGCUCAUCAUGGGAAUCCUAUGUAAGAAGUCUCUGGGAACCUCAGCGGGAUCCCUCGUCCACAUUUCGUACCUGGAGAUGGGUCACGACAUCACCAGACUCUUCUAUUCCAACAUUCAGACUGUGGUCAACAACUGGCUGCUCAUCGAGGGUCAUUCCAUUGGUAUUGGUGACUCCAUUGCUGAUGCCAAGACAUAUCUCGACAUCCAGAACACCAUCAAGAAAGCCAAACAGGAUGUGAUAGAAGUCAUUGAGAAAGCUCACAACAACGAGCUGGAGCCGACCCCCGGUAACACACUGAGACAGACCUUUGAGAACCAGGUGAAUCGUAUCCUGAACGAUGCCCGUGACAAAACGGGAUCUUCUGCCCAGAAAUCUCUGUCAGAGUACAACAACUUCAAGUCCAUGGUGGUGGCUGGAUCUAAGGGUUCAAAGAUUAACAUCUCACAGGUUAUUGCUGUGGUGGGGCAGCAGAACGUGGAGGGUAAGCGAAUUCCCUUUGGCUUCAAACACCGCACACUGCCUCACUUCAUCAAGGAUGACUACGGUCCUGAGAGCAGAGGCUUUGUGGAGAACUCCUACCUGGCCGGCUUGACACCGACAGAGUUCUUUUUCCACGCCAUGGGAGGCAGAGAGGGUCUGAUCGACACAGCUGUCAAGACAGCUGAGACUGGUUACAUCCAGCGUCGUCUGAUCAAAUCUAUGGAGUCUGUGAUGGUGAAGUAUGACGGCACGGUGCGAAACUCCAUCAACCAGGUGGUCCAGCUGCGUUACGGUGAGGACGGCCUGGCGGGAGAGAAUGUAGAGUUCCAAAAUGUGGCGACGCUGAAGCCCUCACACAAGGCCUUUGAAAAGAAGUUUAAGUUUGACUGCACCAAUGAGCGAGCUCUGAGACGGAUGCUGCAGGAGGACGUGGUCAAAGACGUGCUAACCAACGCCCAUGUGCAGAGUAGUUUGGAGAGGGAGUUUGAGAAGAUGAAGGAGGACAGGGACAUCCUGAGAGCAAUCUUCCCGACUGGAGACAGUAAGGUGGUGCUGCCGUGCAACUUGGCCAGAAUGAUCUGGAACGCUCAGAAGAUUUUCCGUAUCAACACGAGGACCCCCACAGACCUGAAUCCUCUCAGGGUGGUCGAGGGUGUUCAUGACUUGAGUAAGAAGCUGGUGAUUGUGAACGGCGACGACCCCCUCAGCAGACAGGCCCAGCAGAACGCCACCCUGCUCUUCAACAUCCACCUCCGCUCCACGCUCUGCUCCAAGCGCAUGACCGAGGAAUUCCGUCUCUCCACCGAGGCUUUCGACUGGCUGCUGGGAGAGAUUGAGACCAAGUUCAACCAGUCUAUCGCUCACCCAGGUGAAAUGGUCGGUGCUCUAGCCGCCCAGUCGCUGGGAGAACCAGCCACCCAGAUGACCCUGAACACUUUCCACUACGCCGGUGUGUCAGCCAAGAACGUAACACUCGGUGUGCCCCGUCUAAAGGAGUUGAUCAACAUCUCAAAGAGGCCCAAGACGCCCUCGCUGACUGUUUUCCUGCUGGGUCAGGCGGCACGAGACGCCGAGAGGGCCAAAGACAUCCUGUGUCGGCUGGAGCACACCACGCUACGUAAAGUGACAGCCAACACCGCCAUCUACUACGACCCCAACCCCCAGAACACCGUGGUGGCCGAGGACCAGGAGUGGGUGAACGUCUACUAUGAGAUGCCCGACUUCGACGUGACGCGGAUUUCGCCGUGGCUGCUGCGUAUCGAGCUCGACCGCAAACACAUGACUGAUCGCAAACUGACUAUGGAGCAGAUUGCAGAGAAGAUCAACGCAGGUUUUGGAGAUGACCUCAACUGUAUCUUCAACGACGACAACGCAGAGAAGCUCGUGCUGCGAAUCAGAAUCAUGAACAGCGACGAGAACAAGUUCCAAGAGGAUGAGGAGGUGGUGGACAAAAUGGACGACGAUGUGUUUUUGAGGUGCAUCGAGUCCAACAUGCUGACAGACAUGACCCUACAGGGUAUUGAGCAGAUCAGUAAGGUGUACAUGCACUUGCCCCAGACUGACAAUAAGAAGAAGAUCAUCAUCACAGAGGACGGUGAGUUCAAGGCCCUGCAGGAGUGGAUCCUUGAGACGGACGGAGUGAGUCUCAUGAGAGUCCUCAGUGAGAAGGAUGUUGACCCGGUCAGGACCACCUCCAACGACAUUGUGGAGAUCUUCACGGUCUUGGGAAUUGAGGCUGUGCGAAAGGCUCUGGAGAGAGAGUUGUACCACGUCAUCUCCUUUGACGGCUCCUACGUCAACUACCGUCACUUGGCUCUGCUCUGUGACACCAUGACGUGCCGCGGUCACCUGAUGGCCAUCACGCGUCACGGCAUCAACCGUCAAGACACGGGACCACUCAUGAAGUGUUCCUUUGAGGAAACGGUGGACGUGUUGAUGGAGGCGUCAUCCCACGGUGAAAGCGAUCCCAUGAAGGGUGUGUCUGAGAACAUCAUGCUGGGCCAGCUAGCACCAGCAGGGACAGGCUGUUUUGACCUCCUGCUGGAUGCUGAGAAGUGUAAAUACGGCAUGGAGAUCCCUACAAACAUACCUGGCAUCAGCGUCGCUGGACCCACAGGAAUGUUCUUCGGCACCGUGCCGAGUCCCAUGAGUGGUAUGUCCCCCGCGAUGACCCCGUGGAACACAGGAGCUACCCCAGCCUAUGGCGCCUGGUCUCCCAGUGUUGGAAGCGGCAUGACCCCCGGAGCAGCAGGUUUCUCUCCCAGUGCGGCGUCAGACGCAAGUGGCUUCUCUCCGGGUUACUCCCCAGCCUGGUCUCCCACUCCUGGGUCUCCUGGUUCUCCAGGACCUGCCAGCCCAUACAUCCCAUCUCCAGGUGGAGCCAUGUCACCAAAUUACUCACCCACCUCCCCCGCCUACGAGCCUCGUUCUCCAGGCGGCUACACCCCACAGAGCCCUGGCUAUUCCCCAACAUCACCCUCGUACUCCCCCACCUCUCCCUCGUACUCCCCCACCAGCCCCAACUACAGUCCAACAUCUCCUUCCUACUCGCCCACCUCGCCCAGUUACUCUCCCACGUCUCCUUCCUAUUCACCCACGUCUCCUUCUUAUUCCCCAACGUCGCCUUCCUACUCCCCUACCUCCCCCUCUUACUCUCCCACCUCCCCCUCCUACUCUCCCACCUCGCCGAGCUACAGCCCGACGUCGCCGAGCUACAGCCCGACGUCACCCAGCUAUUCGCCCACUUCACCUUCUUACUCACCCACCUCUCCUUCCUAUUCCCCCACGUCUCCAUCCUACUCUCCCACCUCUCCCUCAUACUCCCCCACUUCUCCUUCCUACUCGCCGACGAGCCCAAGCUACAGCCCUACGUCGCCGAACUACACCCCCACCUCCCCCAGUUACUCCCCUACCUCCCCCUCAUAUUCCCCGACGUCGCCCUCUUACUCCCCAACUUCCCCGAAUUACACCCCAACAAGCCCCAACUACUCCCCCACCUCUCCCUCAUACUCACCCACUUCUCCAUCCUACUCCCCCUCCAGUCCACGUUACACCCCACAGUCACCCACCUACACACCCAGCUCCCCCUCAUAUAGCCCCAGCUCCCCCUCCUACUCUCCCACCUCACCCAAGUACACCCCGACAUCCCCCUCAUACAGCCCCAGCUCCCCGGAGUACACCCCAACUUCUCCCAAAUACUCCCCCACCUCACCAAAGUACUCCCCAACAUCGCCGAAGUACUCGCCCACCUCUCCCACCUACUCCCCGACGACUCCAAAAUACAGCCCCACCUCUCCGACCUACUCCCCCACUUCCCCCACCUACACCCCCACCAGCCCCAAAUACUCUCCUACCUCCCCGACCUACUCCCCAACAUCACCCAAGUACUCACCCACGUCUCCCACGUACUCGCCAACUAGUCCUAAAGGCUCCACAUACAGCCCCACCUCCCCUGGAUACAGCCCCACCUCACCCACCUACAGCCCAGCCAUCAGCCCCGACGACAGCGACGAGGAGAACAACUGAUGAGCGGCGGAGGAGAAGGGGCGGCACCUAAAGACCCCCCCCCCCGUCACCUCGUGGAUGAAAACUGAAGGACAGCACCAUCAACCAGCUGGAGGUGGCGGCACAUCCGGCCACUAGGGGUCCCUAUUGUGAUCACUUUCUAUGGAGAAAUCUUAACUUGGGACUUAAGGGAGUCACCCAGGCCCCACCCCACCACCACCACCACCACCACCACCUUUAUCCCCCAAAAUGUCCAAAACUAUUAUGUGAAAGACUUGAACUGCUUUGCCUGAAGGAAAAAAAAAAAAAAAGCUGCCUUUUGAAAUAGUUUUUUAAUUUUCACAUGGGGUGUUGAAGCAAAACUGAGAAUCCCUCGAGGGAACGAAAAGGAGAGGCAGAUGUGGUGAACAAAGUAACUUUAUCGAGAUCUGCUCCCAGUCUCUCUCUCAUUCUCUAAAUGUCGGGUGUGUAGUUAUUCCUGGAAAGUGUACAUAUUGCCAAAAGCCUUUCUAAAAAACCUGAGGGGGAUUGUAUCGAUCACUAAAUCAGACGCUGGAAAGAAAAUGGUGAGGGUUUAGACUUUGUUUACUGCGUAUUUCACAGAGGUGUAUCCUGUUAGACCUUUUGCUGCUUUUGUAAAAAUACAGUCGCUGCCACUUUUGGGAGCGUUUUGUGGAUGGAAGACUGGCAAGUGCUAAAUAAACACUGAUUCAAAAGAAAUACAUUAUAUGAGAGAGAAACUGGUUUGCAGGGGUAAAAAAAAAAAACAAAAAACAUUUCACUCUGAACAUCAUUAACUACAUAAGGAGUAUGUACCCAUCGACCUCCCCUCUUCCUCCUUCACACCCCAAAGACCUGAAAGAUGUCAUGAAAACACCCACCAGCAUCCUCUUGUCCUCUACCAUUUUGGAGACUUGUGCGUCAAAAGCAAAAAAAAAAAAAAAAAAAACUUUUCCAGAUACCAAUCUUCCCCUAACAUUGGGAAUUCAAAGAUUUCUAUUGAAAAUAGAAUGAUUGUUCUGUCUUUAAUUUUAAUUUUUGAAGGAAAUGGGGCAAACACACGCGCGCGGAUGAGGGAUACUAGUUUGGCGUCGCUGCUUUUGUCAUUGAUCGCAUCAGUAGCACAUGUUAAUACAUUUUAAUCAAGCUUUAGGUUGAAAUAUUUUUCGAAAUCCCUCCCACCUUUUUGCUAAUCUGUCCCAUUUCUGAUAGCUGUAUACAGGUUUAUUUGGACUAUUCAAUUUAUUUAAGAAAGAAGGCUAACUACAAUUCAGUGUGAAUAUUAAUAGAGAAAAAUUAAGAAUUUUAAUUUUUUUUUUUUCUUUUUUUGGCUUUUCUCUCGUUUUGCUUUUGGUGAGUUUGUAAACCUGUUUGCGGGAGGCUCAUGUUCAUAUACUGUGGAUGAAGGGGCAGGGGACGGAGGGGAGUGCUUUUUUUAGUUUUAUAUCCGCUGUUCUCCCCAUCAAGUCCGAGCUUUUUCGACUGCUCUUUCGACUUACAGUUGUACGACAUUUUGCAUGCUGUCACCAGGUUGCGACGUUGCUCCGGGUUGAAAAGGUACAAGAGCGAAAGGUUCAGUGUUAAGAUUUGGUGUCUGCGCCUGUUGGGGCGACGGACGGGAAAUGUCUGGCCUGAGAGUGAAACUUUAUCAUUAUUUUCUUUUCUUUUAAACAGAGAUCGUCCAAAGAAACAGCACUUUUGGCCUCUCUCAAGCUACCCUUACCCACUACAUUAGUGUGAACUUUGUUUUUUGUUUUUUUUCAGCAUGGAUACUAUCACAUGAUAUUUCAGCCGUGUCAGAAAACCGCCUAACGCCUGAUAAAAGGAAAAAAAAAUAGAAAAAGAAGCAGCUUUGUUCUUUCUCGCUCCAUUUGAAUAUUUAACACGGUUUCUGGAUUCAUUAGACUUGCUGGGUCUCCUCCCUCUUCCCUCUUCAUCCACAAGUGAUCCUCAUUUCUGAAAUCAGUGUUUCGUUUUGUUUUCUUUUUUCUACCAGUGUAUGUACCUGUGACGAGGGGAAUCAUGGGGAGGGAGGGGGCAUGUUAGGUAUUGUAUCUGACUGGGAGUCCUGGAAAAAAAAAAAACAACAAAAAAAGAUCUAAAAUACAUCCAGUAAUCUUUUGGGUUCAGAAAAUCUUUAAAUGGUUCGUCUAAUUUUGUGAAACACUUUUCUUCCCAGUUGAGUCUUGAACUGAAAGGACGGCACCUUCUGGCCUUUGACAUAAAGCAGCUUUGGAGAAAAAGGAAAAAAAAGAGUCCAAUCCUGUUGUCUUAACUGUGUGCCGUCCGCUCAGCUCAGGACGUCAGGACUCCCAGUGCGAAUGAAUGUCUGAAUGUGUGUGCGUGCGCGUCCGAAGGCGAUGCAGGGUUUCAAACUGAGGAAAGAAUUUACACGUCGGGGCAAAGGAAGGUUUAACUUAAAGUUGCCACUGUAUAGAAAUCAAGUCUCAUUCUCUGUAUCUUUGUUCUGUUUGUUUUUUGACUUGGAGAAAAACUGAAUAAAAAAUUUUACUAUA